AUGAACAUCAACGGAGGGGUGGAUGAUGAGGACGUUUUUUCUAUCGGAGACGACGAGGACGAUGAAGACAUCGCAGGCUCUCAAUUGAACGGAGCCGCAGUGAACCCUGGUCGGCGGACACCACCCCCAGCAUACGAAGAGUUUGCUCAUGGCGAAACUCCUGGACUGACCUCCUCUGGCGGUUCAGACCAUCGUAACGAUCCACCUGCCACUAGGCAAAGCGCAGAACCAUCGGUGCAUGACUGGGACAAUGCCAGUUCAGAGACGGUGGAAGUCGGCACGACCUUUUCUCCUUCGCCAACUCCCCAGAAGUAUCAUAUCAGGCCCCAGGACACACUGCAGGGCAUAGCUCUCCGCUUCGGACUGAACGCACGAGCACUCUGUAAACUGAACAACUUACCACCAAGCACUCUAAGCACGACCCCACAUCUCCUUCACACCCGCACCGUGCUCACGCUUCCGCCGUCCGCCGCCUCGUCGUCUCAGCCGCAGACCCCGCCCGGACAACCGUCGGAGGAGUACGAGAGAAGGCGAGCCCUCGAGCGCGCGUCAAAACGCCUGCAGACGCUCACGAAAGAGACAGACUGGCGGGUCGCUAAGGCGUAUGCUGCUCUUGCGGACGAUCCGGAUGCUGAGGCCGCGUUCGAGGCAAAGUUGAAGGAGUUGAUGUUGAGCAGUCAGGGAGGCGGCGAGUCGAGUCUUGAGGCGAGGGCUGUUGAUCAGUAUCUGGACGACUUGGAGUGGGAGGCUACGGAGAUUAGGGAGGGCAGAGGCGUCAGGAUCGAGGGUCUGCGUGCUAGUUCCUCCAAGACCGCGAAGGGAUAG